UAAAGUGCCUCCCUGAGCGCCGCCAGGACCCUCCUCUCUUCACUACGGCGCUGUCGCCCGUUGUUCGUUUUGAACGUGAUGCCCGUCUGAAGAACCCGGUCCGUCCUGCCUUCCCGGUCUUUCGGUGCUCCAACGCCACCUUUAAUCGGAACCCCUCUUUCGAUUCAUUUUUGUGGGACCCUGACGUUCAUUGGAUUUGUUUUAUUAUUAAAUACGUUUUAUUGAUCAACGUCGUAUUAACGGCUCCGGCCAUGGCAGCGAGUGCGAAGCGAAAACAGGAGGAAAAGCACCUGAAGAUGCUGCGGGAAAUGACGAGUUUGGCGCCCAACAGAAAGUGUUUCGACUGCGACCAGCGCGGCCCGACCUACGCCAACAUGACCGUGGGCUCGUUCGUGUGCACGACCUGCUCAGGCAUCCUACGAGGCCUGAACCCUCCACACAGAGUGAAGUCCAUCUCUAUGACGACUUUUACGCAACAGGAAAUAGAAUUUCUUCAGAAGCACGGAAAUGAGGUAUGCAAACAUAUAUGGCUCGGUCUCUAUGACGACAGAAACUCCGCCGUCCCAGACUUUAGAGAGCCUCAGAGAGUCAAAGAGUUUCUUCAGGACAAAUAUGAGAAGAAGCGAUGGUAUGUUCCUCCAGAACAGGCUAAGACAGUGGCUUCAGUUCACGCGUCUGUCUCUGGUUCAUCUAACAGCAGCACCAGUAGUACCCCAGAGGUCCGACCUCUCAAAACUUUACUAGGAGAAUCUGUACCCAGUUUACACCUCAACAAAAACACACCUAGUCAGUCUCCGGUUGUGUCACGCACUCAGCUGACCCAGGGUCAGUUUCAGGACAGGAAGUUCGAUCUGCUCGGCGAACUGGGCGGAGACAUUUUUGCGCCACCACCCUCAAAGUCGGCAGGCAACGCAAACUUUGCCAACUUUGCACAUUUCAACAGUCAUUCGGCGCAGAAUGCUAACGCCAAUGCAGACUUUGCCAAUUUUGAUGCAUUCAAAAAUUCUGCUGCUCCAACAGCAGCGACAUUUCCAUCAGCUCCACAGGCCUCAUUUCAGCCCACACCGACAGUGUACGGCUCAAUCUCGUACAGUCGCAGUGUGGGCGAGUUCGCCACAUUGGUGCCUCCGCUGGCCAUGCCAAGUAGUGCGUCAGGAAUAGCUAAUGCCAAUUUCGCCAACUUCGAUAACUUCCCCAAAUCGUCCAGUGCAGAUUUUGCAUCCUUUAGCUCCAGUCAGAAGAACCCUGGGGGAGCGGAGGCAUCCAGCGUCCCCCCGGACAGAUACGCAGCCCUCGCCGACCUCGACAACAUGUUCGGCACCACCAAACCUGAGCAAGGCACAAGUUCUGCCCCGGCAUCUGCAGGUGUGGGUCCUCCCCCUCCUCAAGCCGCUCUUUUGGGCGGCAAUCGCUACGCUGCACUAGCUCAACUGGACACCGUCUUCAGCUCCUCAGCGCCAAACGUCAGCGGCUACAACACUUCCACCACAUCACAGGGGUCUAUGUUUGGAUCGUCAACCGCUGUUCCUCCCGCUCAAGCACAACAGUGUAUUCCCAGCAUGCCUCAGGGUUUUGCAGGUUCAUCAACAAAUCCAUUUUUCGCACCCGUGGCUUCUCAGGCCGCUCCCACUAACCCGUUCCAGACCAAUGGGAGGGCAGCUGGUGUGGGCGUGGCAGCAGCAGCUUCCUUUGGUCCUCCGUCUAUGAGUAUGCCGACUGGAUUUGGAAACGCCGCUGCUUACAACGUUCCCACCAGCUUCAGUGGAAACUUCCAGCAACCUUUCCCUGGACAACCAUUCACCCAACCACAUGCGUUUCCACAGCAACCCAACGGAUGUUUUACGGCAUUUGGUCAGGAUAUGAUCACCCCAUUUGGACAGAACAUGACUGCGCCUGGACUAACUAAUAACCCUUUUCUGGCAGGAGCACCAGCGGGUCAAUAUCCAGCAGGAGGUUCCUCCACAAACCCCUUCUUAUAGCACCAUUGUCCUCCACUCCUCUAGGAGGCGACCCGCAACUGGUUCCCACCUCUUGCACCGUUUUGUUUCCCAAGUAGCUUUAAAAACAACAUUUCUUAAAUCCUUUUUUAUUGAAUUUUAAGAACAAAGGACUGAAAAGCAGCAAAGAAUUACAUAUAUAAUAUCUGUGACAUUGUCUACGCCAACACAAAACACGUUGCAGGUGCGUGUGGAGAGAAGGGGCUUUUUUGCUGUGCUCCUCUGUGUUGUUCCUGUGAACAGGCCUGUCUGAAGUGGCCGAUAGCUAAGUUAUUGCAAAUGUCAUAUUUAUAUUGAUGCUGCAAUCUUGUAUAUAAUUAUUUCGUAGAAAUCGCUCAAUUCUAAGUCUUUGUGCAUAUCAGUAUUUGUAUCUUUAACAUGUACGUACAAACUCACACACAUGCUGCAAAUAUGGCGCUGACGUCAGCCAUGCUGUGAAUAACGUUUUGCGAUAAAUAAGAAUGUGGAAUCUUUUUUGACAUCAAAGUGAUGCCUUUUUGCGCUUUGGUUUUUGCUCUUAUCGAGGCGAAGAAUAAACAUUUUCCGUUCGAGGACUUUCAAACUUCCGGACUCUUUUUGGAUGUCAGCCCCUCCUGAACUCUCACCUGGGCAGGAGAGUCUAACCACUUAUGUUACAGUCUAAGUUAAUGUGUGUAUAUAUAUAAAUAAAUAAUUAUAUAUACAAUAUAUAUUAAAAUGAAUUUUGCCUAAAACAA